AUAUAUAUUAUUUAGCAGUAUUUGUGAUUGAUUGAUAAACAUAAAGCUCUUCUAUAAGGCAAAAGCUUUUAACAUAUUUAUCUGUCAAAUAUAAAGUAUUUUGGGGAAGGAAUUAUCUUGGCGACAUACAUUAUCCAAAAUAGACUUCUGUUAACUUAAUAACAUACUCAGUGCACAAAUAUCUCAAAAUGUCAGAAGCUGCUGAUGAUUCGAUAAUUAAAAUUGAACCACAAGAAUAUCCAAUCGAAGACAUUAAACAGGAAAUUGAGGAAGAGUAUGAAUCGUGUUCAGAGGAUGACAAAACAUGUCUAAACAGAUUUAUGAACUCCAUAGUGAAAAUAGAAGAAGAAGUUGAACAAGAAUUGAACUUGAAUAAACUUGAAUACUCAGUGCACAAUUAUCUCAAAAUGUCAGAAGCUGCUGAUGAUUCGAUAAUUAAAAUUGAACCAAAAGAAUAUCCAAUCGAAGAAAUUAAACAGGAAAUUGAGGAAGAGUAUGAAUCGUGUUCAGAUGACAAAACAUGUCUAAACAGAUUUAUGAACUCCAUAGUGAAAAUAGAAGAAGAAGUUGAACAGGAAUUGAACUUGAAUAAACAUAUACUAACUCACACAUGGCGACGUCAUACAUGUAAAAUAUGUGGUAAGACAUUUACAGAUUCAAGUAACAUGUAUAAACAUAUGCUCAUUCACACUGGUGAACGUCUACAUAUUUGCCAAAUAUGUGAUAAGACAUUCACGCAAUCAAGUAACUUGAAUCAACAUAUGCUAAUUCACACUGGGGUACGUCCACAUAUUUGCAAAAUAUGUGAUAAGGCAUUCACACAAUUGUUUGCCUUGAAUCAACAUAUGCUCAUUCACACUGGUGAACGUCCCCAUAUUUGCCAAAUUUGUGAUAAGACAUUCAUACAAUUGCCUCACUUGAAUAGACAUAUGCUCAUUCACACUGGAGAAUGCCCCUACAAAUGCAAAAUCUGUGAUAAGGUAUUCAAACGUCCAUAUGUCCUGAAAAGGCACAUGGUUGCUCAUACCAAUGACUAAUUAGUAUUUACAAAAUUGGCCACAAAAUUACA